AAAUUGAACACUGCUAUGGCACCUGUCAGAAAAUGCUGUCUCUCAACGUAAUCCAAGAAUUUUCAAUACAAUCCCAGUGUCUUGCAAAAAAGUAAAUAAUUUGAAUACAUGUGGAAAACAAAUAAAAUCCAGGCCGAGAGUUUAAAUCCAUUACCAUAAAAGGCACGAGCUAUACAUUGUAAGAGGUCUUGAUGGGACACCGUACUUGUACUGGCAUAAUUGGAGCAAGGAUGGUUCAACCUCAAACAAGCGGCACAUCAGAGGCAAAUAAGGUCCAGCCUGAAAGAAGCAGAGCAAAUUCAGACGUUCAACUUGAAGUGAGGCCCUUAUACGACUAG